UAAUACUCACGAACAUUGUGCGUAAACGGCGCGGGAGAGCUUCAUUUUUGUGUUUCUCACGCAGGGAAGCCAGAGUAAGUAAAUACAAACUACAUGGUACAUAACCAGCUGAUGCAGCGGUCCGUUUGAGUUCAGGCUGUAGGGACAGGAGGGAUCCAGUGGAAAUUCUGGGAAAGAUGACCGAUGUUUGCACUUCUGAGCCUGCUGGAGCCAUAAGGGCCAUCGACAAGCACUCAGUGCAUCGGAUCUGCUCUGGACAAGUAGUCCUGAGUCUGGCCACAGCCGUCAAAGAGCUGGUGGAGAACAGCAUUGAUGCAGGAGCAACCAAUGUUGAGGUCAAGCUGAAGGAGUGUGGUGCUGAACAAAUAGAAGUGUCUGACAAUGGCAGAGGUGUCGAAGAGGCGAACUUUGAAGGACUGGCACUAAAGCAUCACACAUCAAAGCUGAGGGAUUUCUCUGACCUGAUCCACGUGGAAACAUUCGGCUUUCGAGGCGAAGCCCUGAGCUCUUUGUGUGCUCUCAGUGACCUGAGUGUGAUUACGUGCCAUGAGUCCAGCCAAAUAGGCACCAAGUUGUUGUUUGACCACAAAGGUCACCUUGUGCAGCAGUCCCCCUGUCCCAGGCAGCAGGGCACCACGGUAACGCUGCAGCAGCUCUUCUACACGCUGCCUGUCAGACACAAGGAGUUCCAGCGGAAUAUCAAGAAGGAGUUUGCUAAAAUGAUCCACGUCCUGCAGGCCUACUGCAUCGUUUCUACAGGAGUCCGUAUCACCUGCUCCAACCAAACGGGCCAGGGAAAGCGCAGCGCCGUCCUCAGCACCGGUGGCAGCCAGAGUAUGAGAGACAACAUCGGUGCCAUAUUUGGACCAAAACAGAUGCAGAGUCUUCUCCCUUUCCGGCAAGUUUCUCCGUCAGAGAAUAUCAUGGAGGAAUAUGGACUUAAAGACGGAGACUUACCCAAACAGCUUUUUACGCUUUCAGGCUUUGUGUCCACCGGGGACCACGGUGUGGGGCGGAGCGCCUCAGACCGGCAGUUCUUCUUCAUCAACAGCCGCCCAUGUGACCCAGUGAAGGUCAGUAAACUUGUGAAUGAAGUGUACCACAUGUACAACAGACAUCAGUAUCCAUUUGUUGCCCUGAACAUAGCUGUUGCCUCAGACUGCGUGGAUGUGAAUGUAACGCCUGACAAACGACAGAUUUUCCUUCAAGAGGAGAAGCUAUUACUCGCCAUCCUAAAGUCUUCUCUCAUCAACAUGUAUGAAGCUGGAGUAAAUAAGAUGAGCCUGAACUAUACACCGACUGUAUCGUCUGCAUCUAAAGAAGUUCACCUUCCCGUUGAAGACAAAGCAGAACCUGCGGAGACCAACCAACCCGGGACUCCGAGCCCAAAGUCAACCAUGAACCUCGCUGCCCUCAAAGCUGCUUUCUCAAACCAGAACAGCGCCCUCUCUGGGAGUAAGUCAAGCACAGAAAAAGCUUCCAAAAGCGGGCCAAGCCAGAAAACGCUGCAGUGUUUCUUUAAGGGCUCAGUUAAAUCACCAGUACAACCCAGAAGAGAGGCUGCUAAAGGCAGCCUGGGAGUGUGGGCGGAGCUCCAUGGGUUCAGGAAUGAAAGGGUGUCAGUCAGGGAGAAUGACUCUGAAAGAGGCUUGGCAGUAGAAUCACAAGAUCCACAGCAUCCAGUCUCCUUCAAACCAGUUGUUGAAAAUGUAACGCACGACUCAUCGGUGAGCCAGAACCUCCAUGAGGACCCGGAGUUGCAGGCCGAAGCACGUUCACCUGUCGAGGACUCCGUCAUUAUCCCUGAAGCUAAACGAGCCAGAAGAGACGAUCCAUGUUUCACCGCAGAGCGAACGCCCGACACGGCUUCCUCCACGACCGACGUCCCCGUCUGUCUGCAGAGGAGGACCGUGCCUCUGCAUUUCUGUCUGCAGGCCCUGGCAGCCGGCAUGAAGAGACUGCAGCAGCAGCAGAGACGGCAAGCCGCAGACAGGCUGUGCUACAGGCGCUUCAGGGCCAACAUCAGCCCUGGAGAAAACCAGAGAGCUGAGGACGAGCUCCGCAGAGAGAUCAGUAAGGACAUGUUUAAGGAAAUGGAGAUCAUCGGUCAGUUUAACCUGGGCUUCAUCAUCACCAAGCUGAACUCAGACAUCUUUAUGAUUGACCAACACGCCACCGAUGAGAAAUACAACUUUGAGAUGCUGCAGCAGCACACUGUGCUCCAAGGACAGAGGCUCAUUGUCCCACAGAAACUCCACCUGACUGCAGUCAGUGAGAACGUGCUCUUAGAGAACGUCGAGAUCUUCCAGAAGAACGGCUUUGAGUUCUUGAUCGAUGAAGACGCCCAGGUGAUGGAGCGAGUGAAGCUGGUCUCCUUGCCCACCAGUAGGAACUGGACCUUCGGGCCGGCCGACAUCGAAGAGCUGAUCUUCAUGCUGAGUGACAGUCCGGGCGUCAUGUGCCGCCCGUCUAGAGUCAGGCAGAUGUUCGCUUCUAGAGCGUGUCGCAAAUCAGUGAUGAUCGGUACAGCCCUGAGUGUCAGUGAGAUGAAGAAGCUGGUGAUUCACAUGGGAGAGAUCGAGCAUCCAUGGAACUGUCCUCAUGGCAGGCCCACCAUGCGACACCUCGCCAACCUCGAAAUCAUCUCACAGGGCUGAGCCCAGAAAUACAUGAAACACCUUCUGAUAUUUUCACUUUAUACAGACCAGACUGUGUGUAAAUGUUCUGUCUGACACUUCUGUAAAUGAUUUACCUUGUGAUUUUUAGAUUGGUUCAAUUACUAGCGUGUGCUUCUUUUUUUAAUGCUAGUUUUCAUUUAGUUUGAUUUUUUUAUAUAUAUUAAAUAGAUUAUAUUAUUUUUUUUAUUGUUAUAUCCAAUAAACAAUGCACAAACACAUGCUUCUUAUUCUUGUUGAACUGAGGUAACAGAUCAUUUAUUAUUACAAUUCUUGGCUGUAAAGCGGUAAUUCUGAAUAAACAGUGGGUUCAACUGGGA